CUUUCAAUUAGCAACCUGCAACUUCGCCACCAACAUCCUCCAGGGUUUAAAUGCGCUUCCCGUCGAUUCCCACCUUCAUACGCACACUCUACGCCUUUUCGAACACCACCCUCCGCACACCACCAAAUCCAUUCCAUUCCCUCGUCCGACCAACCGCAUUGCGAGCGUCUAUGCCAAUUCCCUUUAUCGGCUCUCUCUUCUCGACCGCCGAAACUCGCAAGAUGUCGUAUCCCGUGCAAAAGACAGACCAGGAAUGGCAGGCACAGCUGAGCAAAGAACAAUUCCGUAUCCUUCGCGAAAAGGGCACUGAAGCUCCCUUUACCGGAAAAUAUGAUAAACACGCCCCUACCGAGGGAGUCUACACGUGCGCGGGAUGUGAUGCUCCUCUAUACCAAGCCAACCACAAGUUCAAGUCGGGAUGUGGAUGGCCUGCAUUCUUUGAUGCGGUUCCGGGGGCUGUCACGAGACAUGUGGAUCGUGCGUUCGGUAUGGAGAGGACGGAGAUUGUGUGUUCAAAUUGCGGAGGACAUUUGGGACAUGUGUUCAAAGGAGAGGGAUAUGCUACGCCGACGGAUGAGAGACAUUGCGUCAACAGUGUGAGCAUCAACUUUGGUAAGGAUGAUCCGGUGACCGAGGGGAAGAAGAGUGAGUUGUGAACCAAGUGGUUACUGCACAAAGAGGGACAUGUUUGGAUAGUAAAAUGGUAGGCUUGGUGCCGCAGAGCAGCAGGAGUGAUUGCCAAUGAGUUAUGAAAUGAGAUACGAACCCCAUUAUUCUACAGUACAGCUUCAUACGCCUUGUACGCUUCAGCAAGAACAAGUAUGCUUCCUGGAAGCAGCUUUUGCGUAGUGAUCUGAGGCGUGACCAAAGUUGAUAGGUAUCAUAGGUUAUCGAUCUGAGUAAAAGCAGAAGCAAAACCAAA